CUGUCUACGGGCCGAAGGUGCUGAAAGCGCAGAAAAUGUGGUCGAUGAUCUUUGUUUUUUUGUCCUAUCUGGAUAGAAACUUCGUAAAGGCUCAGAUUCUAAAUGAUUUGUUGGAUGCAGAGACAGAGAGCAGUGAAGUAUUUUAUAUGAUAAACGGUACCUUCUGCGGUAGGAGUACCAGGCUUGCAGGAAACUACCUCCACCAAGUGUCGGAUGGCGCCGAGGAGGUGCGCACGCUUCGCAAUCUCGCCGGGGACCUUGCUGACUGCUCCGUAACACGCAGCCAGAUGGAGGUGAAGUCCUUCAUGCACGUGUGCAGAUUGGGGCUGAAAGAUCAGAGGCACAAACUUGUAGAUUCGCAUAAAAGUUUAUUGAACGUGGCCGAGGCGAAGUCACACUGCCAGGCUUUCCUGAGAAAACCAAAACGCGGUAGGGGCACCGGCUCAUCUUCAACAGGGCCAGGUGAAGAGGAUAAAAGCAACGUGGGUGUGGAGACCGGAGGGGCACAGCGCAGAAUCAAACGCGGCUUCACUUACCCUGGGACGCUCUGGUGUGGAGCUGGAAACAUCGCCGAGAACUAUGACCAACUUGGUGAAUUCACGGCCACUGACAGCUGCUGCCGGGUCCACGAUCACUGCCCCUACGUAGUGCAGGCCUUCUCCACAAACUUCGGCUAUACCAACUUUAAAUGGCACUCAAUCAGCCACUGCGAGUGCGAUAACGCGCUGAAGGAGUGUUUGAGAAAGGUAAAUGACACAUCCUCCAGGGUGGUGGGUCAAGCCUUUUUCAACGUCAUCGAGGUGCCGUGCUUUGAGUUUGUGCUUGAGGACCAAUGCGUGGAGCGCCACUGGUACGGCCUGUGCAAAAGGUAUGAUAAGGUCCCUAUUGCCGUGUUGAGGGAAUCCAUACCCUACGAUUUUGGAGGUGUCGACGUCAUCGACACACUCACCCUAGCCACACGGGUACAGAAGGUCCCAGACAGGCCAGAGGGUGCCACCCGGCCAUUGGCGUCCGCUGGUGAGGAACCAUCCAUCAGAAACGUGGUGACGGCUGCAGAGGACUUCAUCAAAGUGCUGGCCACGGUCUCCACCUCGCAUGGCUCCACCACCGAGUCCGCGAGGAAGGAAGCGCACAGAGGCGACAGGAAGAAGAAGAAGAUGAUGGACAGAAAGAUGAAGAAAAAGAAGAAGGACAAGGGACGGAGGAGGAAGCAGAGGGUGAGCACCCUCUCCAGACCAGAAGAAGCCUCUGCUGUGACGCCCUCGGCCCGGAGAACAGAGGAGGCCGACAAUAAUGGCCUUUUAAUGGCUGCUCACCUGGAUCGCACACUGGAGAGAAACGUCAACAUUUUGACAGAGAGCGUGCCAGACCUGGAUGUUCAUUCCCACAAACUCAUUAAAGAUGAACCGCAAUGGCGGCCGGCUGACCGGUCUGUCAGCCCAGCGGCUCCUCCUACAGCAACCAGAGCUGAACCAGAGACAGACAUGGGUGGCAGAACCUCCCCCCGCAGCAGCCCCCCCGCUGAGCAGCCGGUCCCGGAGAGCGACACAGACGCCGGACGUCUGAGGAGCGAUUCCAGCACUCACACCAGCCAGCCCCAGAAGACCCCAAGACACAAGCCAAGGCAUAAUAUGGGACCAAAAAAGAAAAAGGAAGACAUGUCUUCUUUCUCUCUUUCUGUGGAAAGGCCUGUUUUCAGCAUCCCUCUUACAGCUGCACUGCGAACAGGCCUAAACAGCAAAGCAAAGCACAGCUCUGCUAGUGCAGCUCUGCACGCCGUCAGCACUGAAACCAGCGGACGGCUCCAGCCGCGAAACUCAGAGGACCACGGCGAGAGGGCAGUACUGCACACGUCUACAGGCCAACUCUCCACCCGGCCUCUCAGAACCGAAAAACAGAAGUGCAGAGCCAGUCGAGAACAAAGACCAAAGAGAAGAAUCUCUCCCAUGUCUCCCUCUGUACUCGCUCCGGCCAUGGGCAAACUGCAAGCGACCCCCCAGCCUCAGCUGCAGCAGCCUUGGCUCACCUGGGUGCACAAGAUGCUGGGGAGUUUGGGCAAUGUGGCCUGAAACAUCCCCCCCACCCCAGGGAGAGAUCCUCCACUGCAGCCCCAGCAGCACCCCCUGCAGGUGGGAAUUAGAGCAAAGGUGUGGGCAAGAGAGGUAGGGAGGUUUGACCCCCCCUCUCAUUGCAAGCUAGUAUCUCUAUUCAGGCAGUCGGAAGCUUAGAAGGGGACAGUAUUAAUAUCACUGAAGGAGGAGCUGAACUCCUAAUUUUAUUGGGAAAGACACCAUGUAGAUUUGACAUAAUUACCACUGUAUUAUGUAUGAAUGAUUCUGUGAAAGCAUAAUACUGACAAAAGCAGCGUCUUAUUGAUACUGCAUGGUAACAUAUACAAAGCUGUGUGUUUAAAUAUUUGCAAAAAAUGACACUCAGGGCUUCCUUCUGUAACCUUGGGUAACCCCCAGAUCAAUAAAAUGCUGA